CGUGGCAGCGGCGGUGGGCGGGGUCACGUGACGCGGGAAGAUGGCGGCGGCGGCGGCGGCGGCUCCGGGCCCCGGGGAAGCUCCCGCCGGGCUCCCGCCUCCGCCGCUGCCGCUCAAGAGCCAGUUCCGCACCCGCGAAGGCUCGUACCGCCUGCUGGGCCCCGAGCCGCGGCCCCGAGCCGGCCCCGCCGCCGCCGCCGCCCCGGGGCCUCCCCCCGCCGCCGCGGGCCCGGCCGCGCCGCCGCCCGUUCGCCUGUCCCUGGUGCGCCUGGAGCUGCCGCCCGCCGAGCGCCCCGGCAGCGCGGCCCAGCGCGUCUGCUGCAACCUGGGCCGCGAGCUCUACUUCUACGGAGGCGCCGGCGCCGGCGGCCGCGGAAAGCGGCGGUCCCUGGACCUGCACAAGCCCAUCGACAAGCGCAUCUACAAGGGGCCUCAGCCCACGUGCCACGACUUCAACCAGUUCACGGCCGCCGCCGACUCCAUCGCGCUGCUCGUGGGCUUCUCGGCCGGGCAGCUGCAGCGCCUCGACCUGGUCAGGAAGGACAGCAGCAGGCUCUACAACGAGGAGCGCCUGAUCGACAAGACCAAGGUGACGCUGGUGAAGUGGCUGCCGCAGCGGGAGCGGCUGUUCCUGGCGGCUCACGCCAGCGGCCGCCUUUACCUCUACGACUCGGAGCAGCCGUGCGGGGCGUCCCCGCCGCACUACAGCCUCGUGACGCGGGGCGAGGGCUUCAGCGUGUUCUCCUGCAAGAGCAAAACCCCCCGGAACCCCCUCCUCAAGUGGGAGGUGGGGCAAGGAGCCCUCAACGAGUUCGCCUUCAGCCCGGACGGCCGCUGGCUGGCGUGCGUGAGCCAGGACGGCUGCCUGCGGGUCUUCCACUUCGAGGCCAUGCUGCUGCAGGGGAUGAUGAAGAGCUACUUCGGGGGGCUGCUGUGCGUGUGCUGGAGCCCCGACGGCCGCUACGUGGUGACGGGAGGAGAGGACGAUCUGGUCACCGUGUGGUCUUUCGCCGAAGGGCGAGUGGUGGCCCGUGGCCACGGGCACAAAUCCUGGGUGAACGCCGUGGCUUUCGAUCCUUUCGCUGCCGCCGCCGCCCCGGAACUCAGCGAGGAGGAGGAGGAGGAGGAGGAGGAGGAGGAUGAAGAGGAAGAGGAGGAACCUCCCCAAGCGCAGCCCCUCGCCCAGCGCAGCCCCGGCGUCACCUACCGCUUCGGAUCCGCCGGCCAGGACACUCAGUUCUGCCUCUGGGACCUCACCGAGGACGUUCUGGCCCCUCCCCGAGCCGCCCUCCCCCGUCCCCGCCCCCUCCCCGCGCCCGCCGCCGUUCCCCCGGGGCUGCCCCGUUCCCUGUCCCGCUCCAACAGCCUCCCGCAGCCCCCCGACGCCGCCCCGACCCUCGCCGGGGGUCGCUUCUCCACUUUGACCCUCCGAGAGCGCCCGAAAGCGAGCGGAGGGAACGAAAAGGGAGAACACAAACGGUACCACAGCUUGGGCAGCAUCAACCGCGGCGGGGGAGGCGACAAAGCCCCCGGGGGAGGGGACGGGGGCGGGAUGGAUCCCGCCAAGGUGCUGGGCACGGCGCUGUGCCCGCGCCUGCACGAGGUGCCGCUGCUCGAGCCGCUCGUGUGCAAGAAGAUCGCUCACGAGAGGCUCACGGUGCUGCUGUUCCUGGAGGAUUGCAUCCUCACCGCCUGCCAGGAGGGGCUGGUGUGCGCCUGGCAGCGGCCCCGCGGCGCCGGUCUCCCCUCGCAGAGCAGCAGCUCCCCCGGGGGCACCGUGGUGUAGCCGAGACCCCUCCCCCCAAAACCCCCCCCCGGGGGCACCGAGACCCCCCCACAACGCCCCUCCCCCCCCCCAACACCCCCCUUUGUCCCUCACUGUCACCAAAUCCCCUCUAAUUUAUACUAAA